GAGCUCCAUCAAACGUUGCUUCAAACUUGGGUUUGGAACAAUAACAAACAACCGAAGUGACAUGUGGCUUGUUAGGCUGUGCUAGAACUUUCUACGGCAAAAGGACAGUCAGAUUCGUCAUGAAGACGGUUCUAAUGGUGGCAGAGAAGCCUUCGUUGGCCCAGGCGUUGGCAAAAAUUUUGUCUAAUGGAAACCAAAUUUCUCGGAAAGGCUCGAAUGGAGCUUGCUCUGUUCAUGAAUAUAACGGCAAGUUCCAAGGAGAGACUGUCAGGUUUAAAAUGACUUCAGUCUGUGGUCAUAUCAUGGGCCUGGACUUCGUGGGGAAGUACAACAACUGGGAUCGAGUUGACCCGGCUGAGCUGUUCUCCGCACCAACUCAGAAGAAAGAGGCCACUCCAAAUCUUCAUAUGCCCAAUUUCCUUCAGAAAGAGGCUCGAGGAGCUGAUUACUUGGUGCUGUGGUUGGAUUGUGAUAAGGAAGGAGAAAACAUCUGUUUUGAAGUGAUUGAUUGUGUCAUGCCUUCUAUGAACAGGAAUAAUGGACAGGCAAUUUUUCGGGCCAAAUUCAGUGCCAUAACAGAGACAGAUGUCAAGCGAGCCAUGUCAACCCUAAUCUCUCCUAACAAAAAUGAAGCCAUGUCAGUGGAUGCUCGACAGGAGCUUGACCUCAGGAUUGGAUGUGCCUUUACCAGAUAUCAAACAAAGUUUUUUCAGGGUAAGUAUGGGGAUCUGGACAGCACACUGAUUUCUUACGGCCCAUGUCAAACCCCCACCCUGGGUUUCUGUGUGGAGAGGCAUGACAAGAUCCAGUCCUUCAAACCUGAGGCCUACUGGGUUAUACAAGUUCAGAUCUCCCACCCCAGUGGUAAGGCCCUGAUGCUUGACUGGGAACGUGUCAGAGUCUUUGAUAAGGAAGUAGCUCAGUUGUUUGUUAACCUUAUCAAAGCCAAUGAGAGUGCUAGGGUGAUGAACAUCCUACAGAAGGAGAAGACUAAGCCUCGGCCACUGGCCCUGAACACAGUGGAGAUGUUACGAGUGGGCAGUUCUGGACUUGGUAUGGGCCCCCAACACACCAUGCAGAUAGCUGAGAGGCUUUAUACCCAGGGUUACAUCAGCUACCCCAGGACAGAGACCACCAGCUACCCAGAAAACUUCGACCUCAAAGGGACAUUAAAACAACAGGCAUCAAGUCGUGUGUGGGGAGAAGAGGUCAGAGAACUGCUAAGCCAAGGCAUCCAGAAACCAAAGAAAGGUCAUGAUGCUGGAGACCAUCCUCCUAUCACCCCAAUGAGAGCAGCCACAGAGGAUGACCUAGGGCAUGAUGGCUGGAGACUGUAUGAUUACAUUACAAGGCAUUUUAUCGGCACACUGUCCCCAGACUGUCGUUACAUGCAGACAAAGAUCACAUUUGAGAUAGGUAAAGAGAAAUUUAGCCUCUCAGGUAACCGCCUUCUAGACCCUGGGUUCACAUCCGUCAUGCCGUGGCAGGCCCUGACCAGUGAUGAGGAACUACCCACCUUUGAAAGGGGACAAUUACUCGGCAUCAGUGAGGUGAAGAUGGUGGAGCGUCAGACAUGCCCACCUGACUACCUGACAGAGAGUGAGUUGAUUACACUGAUGGAGAAGCAUGGGAUAGGUACAGAUGCUAGCAUACCUGUCCACAUCAACAAUAUCUGUGAGAGGAACUAUGUCAACAUCAUUGCCGGGCGUAAACUCAAGCCUACCACACUGGGCAUUGUCCUGGUUCAUGGCUAUCAGAAGAUUGACUCAGAUUUGGUUCUGUCCACCAUGAGGUCAGCUGUGGAGCAGCAGCUGAAUCUCAUUGCCAUGGGCAAAGCAAACUUUCAUGCUGUACUCCAACAUGCCGUGGACAUUUUCACCAGGAAGUUCAAGUAUUUUGUGGAGAACAUUAUGGCGAUGGAUGAGUUGUUUGAGGUGUCGUUCUCGCCACUGGCUGACAGCGGCAAGCCACUCUCAAGGUGUGGCAAGUGUCGACGUUACAUGAAGUUUGUCCAGGCUAAGCCAUGUCGCUUACACUGCUCCUCAUGUGACGAGACAUACACCCUGCCCCAGAAUGGCAACAUCAAACUGUACAAAGAACUCAAGUGUCCCUUAGACGAAUUUGAACUGGUGCUGUGGACAACAGGCCUGAAAGGAAAGAGUUACGCUUUGUGUCCCUACUGCUACAAUCAUCCUCCGUUCAAAGACAUGCGUAAGGGGAUGGGGUGUAAUGAGUGUACUCACCCUACCUGUCAACACAGCGUCUGCCAGAAUGGCGUCUCAGAGUGCGUGGAGUGUGACAGGGGUAUCCUCGUACUCGACCAGUCAUCUGCUCCCAAGUGGCGUAUGGCUUGUAAUAAGUGUAAUGUUGUUGUGAACUUUUUUGAGAAUGCCCACAAAGUAGCUGUGUCGGAAGAGAGCUGUGAAGAUUGUGGGGCCAGUCUAAUGGACGUCGACUUCAACAAGACCAAGUCACCUCUAGAAGAUGGUGCCACUGAGCACUCAGGAUGUGUUUUCUGCGAUCCUGUCUUCAAACCACUUGUGGAAAAAAACCACGCCAUGACAAGGUUCAUCCACCACCGUCCUUCAGGUGGGAGAGGAGGGCGUGGUGGCAAGAGGAGGGGGCGUGGCCGAGGGAGGGGAAGAGGAAGAGGUCGUGGACGGUCGCAGUAAUACUCUACCGUAUACUUCACUACUUGGUACAGAUGCCAGGUGCUUUACUGUCAGUUUUAGGGGGAGAAGUCACUGUUUCAUGCCACGAACACAGCAAGAACCUUGAAUUGUUUUGACAACCCCAUAUCCAUAUAUACGUGUGUGUUUAUUGUGGAAGGCAGGAUGUCUUUGUACGCAGUGGACAUGGAUGCAAAACCACUGAACAAAAUGGCAAACUUUAAAUGUACACAGUUGGAUGGUUUGUUUUCCAUGUGAGAAAUCCUUGCCAGAUAUCAGGAUCCAUAUCAAUCUACAAAACGGUUUUCUUACCCAGGCUGGGCUGUAAUACCUUGCGCAAAAUGAAAAACUACAUGUAAAACCAGGCAGUCAUUCAUUCGAAGAUAUCAGGCCUGUCCAUUCACGUGUUUGUGUUUCACCAUAUCACUUAUGUUCCCUUCCAUCAAACACAACGGAAACUCCUGGCAAGAAUAUUAAAUGGCAUCCCAUUGAAUCUCAUAAUAAUAACUCGUACAUUUAUCUAUAAAAAUGAAGACUCCUGGAUUUUACAUUUUCUGUAAUUUGAACAAGUACAUGUGUAGUACAAGUAUCAGAUUACAGGUUGAAUUUAUGGCAUUAUUAACACUUAAGAAUUAUAGCUAUGAAAUUGAUUGUGAUGAAUUUUAUAAUGAUUUGAUUGUUAAUGGCUUGAGACACACAUAACAUAGAAAUCUAUUUUUAGGUGUACAUGUAUUCAUGAAUUAUACAUGUAAUUAUGAGUCUUUUUGAUGAUACAUGUAUAUGUACAAUACUUCCUAGCUCUCCAUUGUACCUUCAUAUACAUAGCUGACAUACAUAACAUGACAUAUACAUAAAAUGCUACACAUCAUGAUGUUGUGAAGAUUUAACACAGUUGUACCCCAAAGAAACAAAGCCCACAGCAGAGUUUCUAUCUUGUGCACUCUGAUUGACUCCUGUGAUGAUGUAUUUAUAAACACUGUUAUCCCUCGUAUGUUCAGGACAGAUAUUAGUAGCUUUGAUAGCCAAAAAUUACAUUUUUUUUUUUCGGAAAAGUAAACACAUGAAUAUGUUGUUCAUUAGAUUGACUAAUGACGCGAGAUAGAAAAACUUUGUAGUUUUGUUAUAAUUGAAUGUGUAUUGGCUAAAAAGAGCAGACCAGAUGUCCCUGAAUUUAAUAUAGGGUAAACACUAUUCAGCUGUCAUUGGUGGCAUAUCCCUCAUUCUUUGCCUGCAUAACUAAAUUACAUGUAGACAUACCAGUAGGUAAAGUUUUAUGAUGGAUUUUAAUGAAAAUAACAAAACGAAACGACAAAAUGCACAAAUGAUUUACAUUUAUGUC